UAAAGGCGAGCAUGGAGCGGAGACUUUCAAACCGAGAGUCGAAGGAGUUUGAAAUAAGCAAUGAUAACAACAUCAUAUCUUUCUGAAAAAACUACUGAUGCCCAAAACGAGACUACGCUGCGUUUCUUGUUUCUUCACAUUGAGGAUGCAGGGUGCUAUGAGGGCCGUCACCUGCGAUCUGAUUUACGGGGAGGACAAAUCGCACGCACGUAUUGCAGUUAACGAGCUACCUGUUUUCACUUUCUGAUAGGCGCUGUUAUGAAUCCGUUGCGUUGCGGACAAAACAAACGACCCUUGUUUUCAGAUUCCCAUGAUAAUCUGCGGCGAGGAAUGUGAAUGCGGGGGGAUUAACGGAGUUUGUUCGUUAAAUACAGAAACGUGCUACAAUACAAUGCGAGCCGUGCGUUCCCGUUCCUGCCUUUUGUUAGAGAGAAAACGGGCUCCCUGUCCUCCCUGUGGAAUUUCUCAUUAGCGUUUGAAACUCCCUGGCAUCACGUCUCAGGCUGAACCGUGUCCGCCUUCAAUGCUGCUAUGACUUCCUGGCUACGGAAAUACUGCCUUCUACAUCGUGUGGUGUUUACUGUAUCUGUCACUGCCUUGCUUACACCCUCUCUGUCGGCAGAUAACGGCUGUGCGUCACCUUCCAUAACAACCUGUAAUGAGUGCCUGUAUCGCGGACCUGAGUGCGGUUGGUGUUUUCAAGAGGGGUUUCUAGACGGAGCACAGGUAAAUGAAAGAUGUGACAUUGUUGCCAACCUGGUGCGAAAAGGCUGCAAAAUGGAAUUUAUUGACCACCCUGAAGUUAUAGUGGAAGUGGACACCACUCAGUCCAGCGUACAGGUGACACCCAGAGAGAUUACAAUUCAGAUACGGCCAGGCAGUGAGGCCAGCUUCAUUUUGGCAGUUCAACAGCUGGACCGAUACCCGGUGGACAUGUACUACUUGGUGGAUGUGUCAGCAUCAAUGCAGGACAACUUGGACAGGCUGAAGUCUGUGGGCAUCGCCCUGUCUCAGCGGAUGAAGGAGUACUCCAGUGACUUCAGAGUGGGGUUCGGCUCCUUUGUGGACAAACCAGUCUCCCCUUACAUCAAUGUUCACCCCUCCAAAAUCACCAAUCCCUGCAGUGACUAUGACAUCCAGUGCCGCCCCGCGCACGGCUUCAUCCAUGUCCUCCCCGUGACAGAGAAUGUGACAGAGUUCACCCGCGUCAUCCAGCAACAGCGGAUAUCUGGGAACAUGGAUACACCAGAGGGAGGCUUUGACGCCAUGCUGCAAGCCGCUGUGUGCCAAAGUGAAAUUGGCUGGCGCCCAGAAGCAAAACAUCUGCUCCUUGUAAUGACUGACCAGCCCUCUCACCUGGCCUUGGACAGCAAGCUGGCUGGCAUUGUUGUGCCCCAUGAUGGCAACUGUCACCUGGAGAACAACACAUACACCCAGUCCUCCAACAUGGAGCACCCCAGCAUUGGCCAACUGGCAGAGAAACUGCUGGAAAACAGCAUUUAUUCCAUUUUUGCUGUGGAACAGGUGCAAUAUAAGUGGUAUGAGGAUCUCAUUCCCUUACUGCCAGGUACCUAUCUGGGAAAACUGCUGCCUAAAGCAUCAAAUCUAAAAGAUUUAGUCAUUGAAGCCUACAAGAAGCUCCUCUCAGAUGUGGAGGUGGAGAUUGUGGUCCAGGACCAUCAGGCACACAGGUUUCAGUUCAACAUCACAGCUCUGUGUCCAGACGGGUCCAGAACGCAGGGCCGAGGCAAAUGCUCCAAUGUCAGGCCUUAUCAGAGAGUUUUCUUCAACAUCACCAUGGGCAUGAAAACCUGUCCCGUCAUGGAGGAGGAGGUGCUGAUCUCAGUCAGGCCCGUGGGGUUUAACGAGACCACGAUGGUGCGGGUGAGGCCCUUGUGCAGGUGUGGCUGCUCAGAGCGGGCCGGCUGCCUUGACGAGGGGGGGGGCCCAGCCUGCGACGAACUGGGUGCGGCGGCGGACUGCAAGCCCGCAGGGGCGAAUCUGGAGUGCAGCGGCAGAGGAACCUGUGUGUGUGGAAAGUGCGCGUGCGACCGCAGCGGCCUGGGGACCAUCCACGGGAAAUACUGCCAGCUGGAUGACUUCUCCUGCCCCUACGAGCAGGGUCUGCCCUGUGGAGGGCGUGGCCAGUGCGUCUUGGGCGAGUGUCAAUGCUCGAGUGGCUGGACAGGAGAGAGCUGUGGGUGCCCCACCUCCUCUGAUGGCUGUCUCUCAGAUGAUGGGGUGCUCUGUGGUGGGCGGGGCAGGUGCGUCUGCGGACGGUGCCAGUGUGAUGACCCUCGUCGUUCCGGACAGUUCUGCGAGAAGUGUCCCUUGUGCAAUGGCUCCUGUCAGUCACACUGGCGGUGUGUGCUUUGUCACCUCUCAUAUGGUCUUUCUGCAAUGGGAGCUAAGGAAUGCAAUACCACCUGUUCCUCUACGGUGCACUAUGUUGAUGAUAUUUCUGGUUCUACAGGUGAUUCUUCUAAGCGCUGCCUCUACCCAACUCAUGAGAGCUGCCACUGCGUAUUCCAGAUGGACUCUAUGCAGGGCAUCACAGACAUCCUCAUCAGCCGGCAUCCAGAGUGUUUUUCAAGCCAGCGGUACAUCCCUACCUUCACUCUGGUCUUCUUCCUCACGGUUCUCUUGGGUUUGAGCCUCAUAGCUGGGCUGAAAUUCCUGCUGAUUCAGAGAUCUCAGACCCCGGGUGAAUCCACCAUCGCAGUGUACCACGUAACUAAGGAGAAGUCCUAUGUUCCAACUCCCACCGAGAAGAUGAUAACUUACAGAAGGGAGCAGCCACCGGAGAUGCACAUCCAUGUUCACAAGAUGCCCCUGAAUGAAGCUUGGCAGUGAGGCACAGGGGAUAAAGACCUGUCAAAACAGCACAGCUCCUUAUGUUGACUGGUUCAACACCAUGGUGAAAAAAUGCUCUGUGACUAACAAAACAUAACAGGCUGCCCAACCGUGUAGUCGGUUCAUUUAACCAAGUGGUCCAGGCCAGCAUCUCACAUUUUCUGCUUUAUUAUUUAUUAGAUGGAGGGGACAUUUGUUAUUGACUGCCCUUCAGUUCACUGAAAUGGUUAUGUCUGGAUUCUUUUAUUCUUUCUAGGGCUCAGGAUAAGUAAGCCAUAAGUGGUUGGUGGAUGAUCAGAUUUUUUCUAGAACUGGACCCCACAUUCAUUCUCCACAGGGUAUUGAAGUUGAGUAAAGGUACUCGUACAUAGACACAAACUGUAAUAUUAUACCUCUAUGAAUGAGUCUCGGUCAUGAGGUUUGCUGAGAGGCUGC